AUGCCUAGAGAUAACUCAUCCGAAACACCUGUAAAGGGUAUGAGCAGCACAUAUACCAUGGACAAGCGUGAGAGGCAGAAUGUGGCGGAUGAUGAAUCGAUGGAUUGCACGGCGUUGAAUACCACGGAGGAGUUUAAAAUAGAGCUGGCACUGGAAAUUAAAGAUUUUAGAAGUGAGCUGAAAUGUGUGCGAGAAGAAAUGAAGGUUCUUCGUCAGGAAAUGGCAGAAUACAGAGCUUCGGUCGCCGCCUGUAACACUCGAAUAGACAACAUGGAGCGAAGGCUAGACGUCGUAGAGCAAAAGGUUUCGGAGGCUGGUGUGGGCCGCACAGCUGAGCUAGAGGAAGUGGUACAUUCGUUACAAUCCCAGUUAAAUGAACGAGACCAGGAGUUACUCUCAAACGAUGUUGAGAUAGUGAACAUACCGGAGAUACAGGGAGAAAAUCCGUAUCACAUAGCAUCGGUGGUAGCAGCCAAGCUGGGUAUGCCGCUGGAGGAGCGCGACAUAGUAUCCGUGUCCCGAGUGGGGGCGCCGCGCGGCGGGGGGCGAGCAAGCGUCCAGCCGCCCGCGCCCUCUAGUUGUUACGUUCGCCCGACGCUCAUUGCGGGACCGACUGCUCCAAAGCGCUCGA